AUGUCGUUAGCAGGUCCAUCACAACUGGUCAGACAUGCUCGUUUUGCUCAAUUUCAGCCGGGUAGUCGUUUCUAUUUGUCGUCUUUUUUUCACGCGUUUUUCAGUAUCGAGAAGUUUCUCUGAUUUUUCCAGCGUGAAGCGCUUUAUGAAUCUUGUGAACCUCGUUAAAGUUUGGUGAGAAUCAGGUCUUCUGAGGCCUUUUCAGGAACAAGUUCCAGGAAGAGAUGUCCUAUCCAACCGGCCGUUUUGAGGAACGAACUCGACCAGCCAUUCUCUAUAACAAGAAGCGAUCGCAACGUCGUUUCUUACAUCAAUGAGGUAUGUCAGUCUCUUCGGGACCUGAUCAGUCCAAAAACAACUUCAAGGUCUAACCUUAAGAGUUUGAUCAACUUUUUCAUAGUUUCCGUCAAAAGCUUACAUCUCAAAAAAAAAAAAUGAAGAUUUUUUUCUAUAUACAGCUUGAAUUUGCAUGUCAAUUUUUGCAUUAAAUCUUCUCUUCAACCAUGUUUUAACAGAGUUUGAAAACUGAAAUAUUUUCUUUUCAGCUACUCUGAAAUUUUCACGGAAUUUGUUUCAGUCGAUGUCCAUCAAUUCGGACUUUUCAAACGUCGUUGCUGGAAGAUCGGACAGCGGGUUUUUAGAGAGCGUCGCCAAGAAUUUGCGGUGGUAUUAUGUUAGUUUCUUUUUGAUUUCUCAGUUCUACGACACGCGUGAGUUUUCCAUUUGCCAAAAGUACUGUAUGUAUUCAGCUGCACUCGCUGAGCUGUUUCGUAGGCUUGGAAAAAGAGCGUGACGAGAUUCUGAACGCGAUGCCCGUCUUGUUCUCCGAAAUCCUGAACGCUUUUGUCACUGUUUGCAAAUCGGAGAGAAAUAAAAACUAUUCUCCGAGUUCAGAAAGAUUUCAAAGACUUGGAUUCCUUCACAUUAGUUCCUGAAGCUUUGGAUUUUCACAAAGACCGGGCUUUCAAACUGACAGAUAGCCAACGAGAAGCAUUGAAGGUUGAACUCGAGAAGAAGAACAGUUUUGGAGCUUUUUUGUUGAGAUUUCUGAGGAGGAUUUCUUGGGCGAGACGGGCUACAUAAUGAAUGACGGCGGCUUCAAAAAGACCAACAUGAGUGAGAAUUUCUUUUCUCUCCCUUCUGAAACAUAUCAAUUGAUAUAUUUCUUCAAAGUAUGACCAAAAACUUUUUCCAGAUUCUAUUUCGCGCUACUGCCAUAGCAUAAGUACCAUCGAAAAAGAUGUUUUCGACCGAGAUCUGAAGGAUCAGUUUUGCAAGCGAGUUUGUUUUCAGAAAGGCUUUUCUCUAAUUGGGCUGAUAAUUUUUUUCUAAUUAAAUGGGGCAUUCUCACAAGAGAAGAAGGCACAUUUUGAGGGUUUGAUGAAACUUUGCUGAGAUGUACUUUCAGGUCCGCUGAUCCCAGAACAAGAAAACAUUUUUACGUCUUCUGCCUUUUAGCGGAUUUAUGAAAUGUCAAAGUUUCCGCGCAAGAAAUGGCUCUGCACGCGAUACGCUAAUGUUAUGCGCCAAGUUGCCAUCGAUUGCAAUUGGCAGCAUGGUUUAGGGCUCGAUUCCUUUUUAGGGCUUUUCGUUUUUAGAUUAGAAUCAUUUAGAUACACGAUCCGAAUGGGAGCUCUGCGGCGGCAGAAGCAGCUGUUCAAGUGGCUGGAAGCGUAUCCGUUCCGAACCGACAAUGAGCAGCUGAAACUGAAGACGCCGCGAGACUACGGCUUCCCUUCGCCGCGAUACGUCAUCGUCGAGAUGGAGAUUUGUCAAAGGGUUCGUUCAGAAUUCCAACUAGAGUUAACCUCGAAAGGUGAGAUGUUAGUUAUGUUUCCGAAAUGUACACUGAAGAUAACUGCUUCCGAAAAAAAAGGCGAGGGUGGUACCCGGACGAUCUCGCAAACAUGUCUUUGUCCUCGCGCGGGACUCGCCUUUUUUUUUUUGGUUUUCUCACGUACUCGAAAGGAAUUUUUGAAAAUUUCUAUGCGAGGUCGCGUCCAGAGACUCGCAGCGCUAUUGAAGGAUCGUCGUCACGCGCGAUGAAACAUUGACGCAAAAGAUAUUGUAGCCUUGGGGGCGGAGCUAGCUUCCUGAAAUUCAAAAUCUGAACACACUAUACCGCCAUCGCGUUUAGCUCGGUAGUUAUUUAUCGUGUUAAAAAUAUUUUUCGACUUUUAACUGUGCAAAUUCUACUUUUGACCUUUUUUUUACGGCUCCUGGGUGUUUUUUGAUGCAGUUUGAGUUUCAGCUGUACGUCUGUCCAGAUCUCGAAUGUCAAGCCAUCGCUCAAGCUCCGCCCCUAAUCGCGCCAUAAGCCAACCAGAAAGCGAGCCAUCCAAAGUGUUUUUUAGAAAGACUUCAUUGUACUUGGCAUUCAAAAUCCGGACAGAUUAUAAAACGGGGAAACAACAAGCUCAAUAAGAAAAAGAUUACGCAGCUGUGUUAGUUUCGCAAAUCUGAGACUCAACUGUGGAUAAAAAGGCCAACAGUUCUACCAGCUGUCCUUCUACGGGUAGAAAACGGGAACAACCGCCGAGACCCCUCAUUUGCACGGCUGGUCAACCUCAUCAUCAUAGAAGAACUCGUGGGAAUUUUCAUUUUCAGAGUUUUGAUCAGUCUUCAAUAAAAUAAUGAUUACCUUCUUGUUGCACAUUGUGUAUCGCACGAGAAAAAGUGCAACACAAAAGGUUUUCUAAGUUUUCUCAGAGAAUAAAGUAUUUCAGUUAAUUAUUUCAAUUUCAGCUCAUCCAGUGUGACAAGAGAAAGUACGAACUUGCAAAGGAGCGGUUCAUCUACGAUUUUCACAUUUUCUCUUUCUAA